AUGCCAUACAACAACACUCCAAUCGCGCCAAAUAAGGAAAUCACCGGCCAUGUGUCGCUUCCACUCGCGCGCGUCCAAAAGAUCAUCCAAGCCGACCCUGAACGCAUCACGACCUCAAAAAAUGCCGCCUUCGCCAUCGCCCUAGCCACAGAAAUGUUCAUCCAGCAUCUCGCGACAACCACACAUAACGUAGUCAAAGCGGAACGCAAACCACGGCGUAACAUCCAGUACCGCGAUGUCAGCAGCGCGAUUGCCAAGACAGACAACCUCGAGUUUUUGGUGGAUGUGGCGCCCAAGACAGCGACGUGGGGGACGGUGAAGAAGCGGUUGGAGGAGAAGGAGAAGGAGAAGGCCGAGGACGGUAAGAAGGCGGGCAAGGGGAAGACGCAGACGACGUUGGAUGGGACUGGCGCUGGGGAGGAAGCGACGGAGAUGGAGGAGGAUGGUGAUGGUUCUGGGGAGAAGGGGGGUGAUGAAGAUACAGUCGUCACUGUUUCUGCAUCCGCAUCAGCAUCUCCCCCACACCAAGACCAAAACUCCACAGAGAAAGCAGCAUCGACACCAGCACCCGAGCCCUCAGAUGAAAUGGACGUGGACCAGCCAGCCCCAUCGGCCAAGCAAGUCGAAGACUCGGAGCCAGAGGAGGACGCAGCGGCUAUGCAGAUCGAAAUGGAGAUGAGGGGCCCGCCACGCCACCCUACAAAGAGUGCGAGUCCGAGGCAGACGAGGCGGUCUACGGGAUUCACGGCGAUUAAUGGUUCAAAGUGA